AAUCAGGUUAGCGGAGAACAUGGACCGCAUUACAUAUCUCAGUCAAAUAUCACAACCUAUUUAUUCUGCAGACUUUGCUAGAUGUAGCGCCGGAUGACUCAUUCCCCCUCGUUGUCCCCCCUGGGAUGUGCACUUAACUACUCCUCGCCUCUGGAAAGACGUGCCGUAGUCAUUCGACAGGCGCCUGGUCCCCUCUCGGACGCAGCAUAUAACGGAAUGACUGCUAUCCCACAAGCCAUUGCUUAUCACGACGUCGACGUCGUCUCGGCCUUGCUGGAAGCAGGUCCCUUUCUUGCCAGCGUGCCUGACGGGACUCGGAUCCUGGAACCUAUCAACUCUCACAGAGAGGGCUUAGAUCCUCAGAAGCCGCCUCCUUUCGACAGCAUGACGAGGACUCCGCUCCACCUGGCUGUGACCGGCCCAGCCCGGCCUCGCAGGCAACCGCUUGGCUUCUUGAAGUCCGACCAAGCCUCCUCAACAUUGAAGACAAAUUAGGUAGGGCGGCUCUGCACUGCAGCGGGUCCCGGGCC